AAGUGAAGGACAAUAUUUAGUGUUGUGAGGCCUUUGUGAAUCGCGCAUGCGCUGUAAAAUUGAAUAAAAUAUCAAUAUGGCGGAGGUUAGUCCAGGCUAAGAUUUUCUUAAAAUUUGAAGAAAUUGAUAAAUCAAGAUGGCACAUGAGAUACAUUUAAAGAACAACAAAUACCGACAGUGGGUUAAGGCUGGCCUAGGCUUGGGUUAUCUUAAAGAGGGACUUGCGCCAUUUUGUGAUGACAUUGGAAGACAGCAGCACAACGAUAUUAUUAACAAAAUACAACAAACAAAGACUCCUCAACCAAACGUACCAUGUGGCACCUGUCAGAUAACAACUCUCCAGCCAGAUCAUGUCCGAGUCUCAAAAGGGAUAUGUCCCCUCAAUCAAGAUAAAUGUAACUGUUGUUUUCCUAAUAAUAAGAGACCCUGUCCAAACAAUGUAUGUGGUGCCAUCUAUGACAGCAUUAUACAGUAUCAUGCAUCAAUACCACCAGUACCUUUUUGGAAAAACAGUGAUGUCCAACAGUGGUCAACAGAACCAUGGGAGGUUUGCAAAUGUUUUAUAAAUGCUCCUGGGUACAAGGACAAGACAUCAGCAGUCGACACUGAUUGCACUGGGUUGCUUCAUGUUAUCAUAAAUAACAAUUACUUUCAUAGUCACAUUGGAUGCAAUGUUGCAGGACCAAACAAUCUUUUUUCAAAGGUGCGGCAGUACCGAAACGAGAUUUUUCAUUCUAGCAAUAUGGAACUAGAGGAGAGCAAAGCUAAUUGUUAUAUCGAUGACAUGAUAGCUGUUCUACAAGAUGGUAAAGAUCUUUUACAUCGACAAGAUGCACAACAAGCUGUCAGGAAACUUCAAGAUCUGAAGAAGAAGGACUUCAUUAUAACUACUGUAGACUUUGAUGAAAUUCUGGGACAAAUCAAUGAAGAAAUGAAAAAAGUUCUAUAUUCAGUUGACGAUGCUGCAACUAAAGAGGAAUACGAUGAUCUGAAGAAGAAGUUUAUAGAAUUUAAAACCAAGAUGUCGGAAGAAAAAGAGGGGGAAAAGCUUGAAAAUGAAAAAGAACUUUCAGAACUUAAGAAAACAAUUAUGGAACUUGAAUCACAAAUGGUCCAGGAGAAGAAGGAAAAACUCGAGAUGGAAAUAGAACAUGCCGAUUUAAAAAAGAAAUUUACUGUUCUAGAGACUCUUGUUUCAGAACAGAAAGAGGUAAAACAACUAAAUGAUGUAUGUCACACCUGUAUUUGCAUCUUUGCAUUAAAGAAGAUAAAGAUAAUAUGUUAAUUGUUAAGAAAAAAA